AUGGAGCUGGAGCACUUCGACGAGCGGGACAAGGCGCAGAGAUACAGCCGCGGGUCGCGGGUGAACGGCCUGCCGAGCCCCACGCACAGCGCCCACUGCAGCUUCUACCGAACCCGCACGUUGCAGACGCUCAGCUCCGAGAAGAAGGCCAAGAAAGUGCGUUUCUAUCGCAACGGAGACCGCUACUUCAAAGGGAUUGUGUACGCCAUCUCCCCGGACCGCUUCCGAUCUUUUGAGGCUCUGCUGGCUGAUUUGACCCGAACUCUGUCGGAUAACGUGAACUUGCCGCAGGGAGUGAGAACAAUCUACACCAUCGAUGGGCUCAAGAAGAUCUCCAGCCUGGACCAGCUGGUGGAAGGUGAGCCCUGA